AUAUAUGUAACAAAACAAUAAGUACGACUCAACAAAUUGGCUUAAAAUUGAGCGCACAUAUCCAGUCUAAUUUCAUUCCAUCAGCUAUUUAUACGUGCAAACAAUAGUUCAUUUCGUACACAGCACUCAAAAAAUACAUUGAUUAAUGUUAUUUCCAUCAAAAAUUUCGAAAUGUACAUCGAAGAGAUGAUAAUGAAAAUUGAUGGCACGCAGUACUAGAUCGUCGAUAUAAAGACCGAGCAACGCUGACGUCGUCGAGAGACUUCAUUGACGAUACGAAGAGUCAUGAAGAGAAAGAAAAAAAUUAUGGGUAUUGAAGUACUUAAGUUCCCUCGUCGAGCACACGUCGUGCUGUGGUACUUUCGUUGAGAGAAUGGUUCGUUCUCAUAUGGCAACUGUGCGGAUUCCACAACGGGAGGAGGGAGAGGCUCCUUUUUGCUCGUGAGAGAAGUGAGAUAUCGUGUUUUUCUCUUUAUCGUUUUGUGUACAGUUUCGUGAAGCGAGAGUGCGGGAGACUCGAGCCGCAGUUGCUACUCAGUUGGCUGGGUAUGCGCAUCGUAUCUCAAACGUGUUUGCGGCCGCGUUGCUUUAUUAUUAGUGCGCCGAACUGUACCAAUUACCACAUGCGUCAAGUUAUGUCUGAUGUUUGAGAAAACUUUGGCUAAUCUAGACUGGCAGAAAUACAGUGCGUGUUCGCGGUCGGAGAGGGACUGAAUAAAAAUAAAAAUAGAAACGGUCGUGGUGCUUUGUGCAAUUUACGUUGAUUUCGCGGAGCUUCAUAGAGCGACUCUUCGACAGUGAUUCUACUAAGAACGUUCUUCAGAUUUAUACGUCGACAUUGUUUUUAUUAUAAAUUAGAGAAAUAUUUACCGAUGAUAUCGGCCAAAGUAUCGGGAUGUCGGUUCUUUCCAAGAUACUUGAUAAAACCUCAGCGAGAUAUGGGAUUAAGCAAGAACAAUUGACACGCGGGGUCGUUGGUGUUGCAACGACUCUGUAUCUUUUAAAAAUUGGUUAUCCUCACAUAAUCGCAAGUGUCAAACGUCACAGAAACAAUCGUAAGGCCGAGGAUGAAGCGACGAAGAAAAAAAGCGAUUGCAAUGAGAAUGACAAAGACGGCGAGGAAGAAGACGGAGAAAGUGAAAACGAUCAACUGUCCAGUCGAGCUUUCAACAAUGAACUGUCAACCGGCAAAAACACCAAAACCCCCAGUUUUUUUUCCACCGACGACAACUCUCCCGAUCUCGUUAAUAUCGGACUCGACAAAAAUUUUCUUCUACAAUUAGUGAAAUUAUUAAAAAUUAUGGUACCCGGAUGGCGUACGAGGGAGGCUGGCUUACUCACCUGCGCGACUUUUACCUUAUUAGCACGAACUUUUUUGUCCGUUUACGUCGCUACUCUAGAGGGACAAAUUGUUAAAAGGAUCGUUUUAAAAGAUGUUCGCGGAUUCACUCUAAUGCUUGCUAGAUGGUUCGCCAUCGCUCUUCCCGCCACCUUUGUCAAUUCUGCGAUAAGAUAUCUCGAAGGUCAUCUUGCGCUUAGUUUUAGAGAAAGACUAGUUAAAUACGCGUACAAGAUGUAUCUGAGUCAACAGACGUACUACAGAGUAUCUGCUCUGGAUACGAGACUCGGAGGUGCGGAACAAAGACUGACUGACGAUCUUUCAGAAUUGGCCAGUUCCGUGGCCCAUCUUUACUCGAGUCUGACAAAGCCCCUGUUGGAUUGCACGCUCGUCGGGAUCGCUCUCAUGUCAUUUUCUUCUCGGAUGGGAGCCAGAGCUGUGCCAGGUCCGUUACUAGCAGCGGUUGUGAUAGCAGCGACGGGUCAAGUACUGAGACUAGCGUCGCCUCGCUUCGGUGAGCUCGUGUCCGAGGAAGCCUCCCGACGAGGCCGCUUGCGGGAAGCCCAUGCACGAAUAAGCGCCCACGCUGAAGAGAUCGCAUUUUACGGCGGGCACAGAGCCGAGCAUCGUUAUCUUACCACCGCUUACCGAUCUCUCGUGAAACAUUUAGGAAAAGUUCUCACCCUCAAGCUCUGGUACGUUAUGCUCGAGCAACUGCUCAUGAAGUACGUUUGGUCCGGCACUGGACUUCUCGUUAUUGCGAUGCCGCUGCUCUACAACUCUGCCGAGAGUCUGGCCUCGAGUUCCUUCCGAGACAACGAUGACGUUGGUGGAGUGAGCGAACGCACGAGAUAUCUUACGACAUCGAAAAAUCUUUUGAGCUCCGGAGCUGACGCAGUCGAACGAUUAAUGUCUUCCUACAAGGAAUUGGUGGCCCUGGCAGGUUACGCAAAUCGCGUGAGCGAAAUGUUGAACGUUUUCAGGGACGCGUCGUUGUGCAAGUAUCGCCGAAGCGUGGUAACGAGUCAUCAAACCCGUGGUACGAACGGUGCAGUAUCGAGUUGUCGUGAGAGUGUGCUUGAGUUCCACGACGGUAGGCCAAUAAUAAAAGGCAUUGUGCGAGAGAGCCUCGACGGUAGUAUUAGCCUAUCGAACGUGCCGAUCGUCACGCCUAAUUGCGAAGUUAUUGUUCCCAGUUUGACCCUCGAUAUCAAACCGGGCGAUCACCUACUGAUAACGGGUUCGAACGGAUGCGGUAAAAGCUCUCUUUUCCGAGUGAUUUCCGGUCUGUGGCCAGUGUACGGCGGUGUAUUGACGCGGCCAGCGGAAGCGUACGCCGCUCGAAGCGGCCGACCGGCGAUGUUUUAUAUCCCUCAGAAACCUUACAUGACGAUCGGCUGUUUGCGGGACCAGAUUACCUAUCCGGCCGAGUGCAAGAGGGGCGAAUCCAUAGACGCUGAACUUUUAGCUCUUCUCGAUUUAGUCGAUUUGCGAGGACUCGCUGAACGGGAGAGCGAAGGUCUUGACGCCCAGGCCGAUUGGGACUCGACCCUUUCCGGCGGCGAAAAGCAGAGACUCGCUAUGACGCGUUUGUACUAUCACGCCCCUCAAUACGCCCUUCUCGACGAAUGCACAAGCGCCGUCAGCCUCGAAGCCGAAGGAGCCAUGUACGAAACCGCGAAAAAACGCGGCAUCACUCUGCUCACUAUCACCCAUCGGGUAUCUUCUCUUGCCAAAUUUCAUAGAUUCUUGCUCCGGUUCGAUGGCGAAGGCGGAUGGAAAUUUGGACUCCUCAGCGAUGAAAAUUCGAGCUCACCAAAGACCGACAAAAACGAUGAUUCCCAAGAAAUUGAUGGAAAAGAGCAUCGUUGUAGACUUCAGGAAUUCCGGGACUUGCGCAACGAGGAAACGCACGUUGGAAUAAGCUGAAGUUCAUUACGUUUCCACUAAUCGAUGAUACUUCAUGCAUAGAGCUUUCUAAAAAAGUGCCUUCACUUCGUAAAUAAAUAUGUAUUGCUUCAACGAAUGCAUAUACUUUUUGAGAGUUAUCAAUGCGCAGACACGAGAACUAGAAAACAAAAGUUGUUCGUCGUAAGAUUGGAAUACAUGUAGUUUCUUACAGGAAUAUGACAACAAAGAAAUGUUAUUUUGGUAAAACAAAUUAUAUUUUUCUUCUUCGCGUACUUUUGCUGGGAUAGUAUUGUAUAGGCCUUUUUGUGUCAGUUUCUAAAGCGUCAUACUCGAAUAAAUUAUGAAUUAAAUUAUGGA